UAUCCCCCAAAAUGCAUCGCGCGCGAAUCGGAAACUCCUACCAACAAAUAUACAAUUAAAGAACUGUCCCGAAACUCUCUAAAAUCGGCAUGUUUUGUACUUCUUGAACUGAAUUCUGUACAAGGAAGACACCUCUAGCUGACUACAUGGCUUCAUCGAGAAGGGCUCGUGUAACAUUUGAGUACGAAGCCGCCGAGCCAGACGAAUUAUCUCUUCAAAUUGACGAUAUCAUCGAGGACAUAGUAGACGAAGAUGUAGGCUGGGCUAGGGGGGAUCUGAAUGGAAAAAAGGGGCUAUUUCCAGUUAAUUUUGUAGAUUUUAUCGAAAAUAACGCUGAGUUGGCUAAAUCAGCGGGGAAAGCGGUUGAUACGAAAGACUCUAUUGCUGGAAGGAAGGCUUGUGUUUUAUUUGACUACGAGGCUGAGAAUGCAGAUGAACUCUCGCUAGUUACUGGAAUUGAAAUAAACGUCAUACGUGAAGUUGAGGACGGAUGGUGGGAAGGAACAGUUGAUGGCCGCAAAGGUGUCUUUCCAUCAAACUUUGUAAAGUUGAAGCCAAUUGAUGAAACACCUACAAAGACAAAACGCCAACCAGAGAAACAGCCACCAGCUGAGGAGCCAGACCAAGAAAUGUAUGAAAACCUUCUAUCAACACAAGAACUUAAAGAAGAAAAAGAGAAAGAGUCAGUACCGGAUGCAGCUGGACCCGAGCCUGAUGAGGAAGAUGCUGUAAACAAGCGAGCGUCUUUCAUAGAAUCCAAGAAGAUGGGAGGUGGUAUGGGAUUUGGUAAUCUUAUUAACGCAGGUGUCCUAUCAGGGAUUAACUUGAAGAAAGUCGGGGGUAAGAAGGAGGAGCCGAAAGAAAAGAAGACCCCACCACCUGUUGUAGGACCAGAGACUUUAACACCAAAAAAACAACAGCCAACAGCCAGCCACAGUUUAGGGAGUUCUAUGAAAAGAAAAGCUCCCCCAGUCCCUCCAUCACCACAGCCACAGGAAGCCCAAGCUCCAGCCAAAAGAGUUCUGAGGGCCAAGGUGACCUAUGACUAUGAGCAACAGAAUGAGGACGAACUUGAACUCAAGGUUGGCGACAUCAUCACCAUCGUCAAAAAAGAGGUGUUCGACACACCUGGGUGGAUGGAGGGAGAAUUGGAUGGCAAGACUGGUCUCUUUCCUGAUAACUUUGUUGAGAUCUUACCAGAGGAGACAGAUAAACCUGAAAAGCCAGAGAAAAUGGAAGAGAAAUCAGAGAAGGCUGUUCCUCCAGCACCCAAGCAAGUUGAACAACGAGCCCCUCCUCCUCAGCCAAGCGAGGAGAAACAAGACAUUCCACUACCGUCAAAACCGACUGCGGGGGCACGAGACAUGAAGAAAGUUCUACCUAAAGAACUCAAGAAACCCGCGCCUCCACCGGAGAACUCAAAACCUACUAUAGACGCGCCUAAACCGAGCAUACCGCCGAAAAAGCCCGUUCCACCAAAACCAUCAACCAAGCCACAAAUUCACAAAAAGGCAGUUCCUAUACCGCCGGUUGAUCAUAGAAAGGAAUCCCCAAAAAUAUCCAUGACAGAAGAAAAAGCAAGCGAGUCUACGCCAGGAGUGCCUGACCUUGACCUUGUUGAACCUCACGAGACAUUGACCCACCUCACAGCCAACAGAGUAAAAAACCAGCAAAAGAGACCGCCGUCACGGGAUCUGAGGAACCUCGUUGGAGACAUGGUGAUGGGAGAAGACCUUUUGGACACUACUGAGCCAGAAGAGCCGGCUUGGAAACGAGAGGCACGUGAGGCGAGAGAGGCCAAUUACAAGAAACCGGAAGAGAAGGUUGCUCCCUCGGUCCAACAUUUAAAGGACAAGAAAGUCCUCCCAGUCCUCCGGCCCGAAGACAUUCUUAGCGGUAAAAGUGAGUUGCGCAAGUCCUGGCGCGAGCCCGAUGUACCUGCCCCUAAGAAGCCAGUACCCCCACCCCCUGAGGACGAGCAUAAGAAACCAUCACGACCAUCACCACCGCUGACCAAAAAGACAAAUGCUGCUGGCUCACAAGAAGAGCUUCGAAAGUCGUCACGGGAAGAACCACCGCUAAAGACAAAGUCUGUCACCACCGCGGGCUCAUCAGAGGAGUUGACCGCGCUGAGAGCGGAGGUGACGGAGCUGAGAUCCCUGUGCAAGGAGUUGAGCGACAAAUUCGAAGCCUUGGAAAACAAGCAUGCAGAGAAUAUUAAGCGGCUGGAGAGUCGAUGGGCGAAAGAUAUUGAGCAGCUGACGAGUGACUUUGACGAAGAGCGUAGCAACAAUGCGCGCUUAAAGAUAGAAGUCGAUCGGUUAAAGAAGAAAAUGCGCCGCGAUUCCGACGCCGAAUAAGUCAAGCGUGAUUCGCUUGUUGCGCGUGCGCUGCUACCCCUAGUCCCCACACUUUCCUGUUAAAAAAAUUUUUUGCUAUGGCAAAAAUAUUUGACGUUGCUAUGUAAAGUAUGUGACGAUGCUAUGGUAAAAGUAUUUGGCGUUGCUUUGGUAAAAGUGACGUUGCUAUUGUAAAAUUGGGUGACGUUGCUAGGUAACAUCUCAAUGGCAUUUUCUGCUAUACGAGAAGCGACUUUUAUCAUUCUGAAUUUUGUUCAGGAAAGUUUGGUAGCUAGUGUAGAUAAUUUUUUGGAAAGUCUUUUGAUUGAUUGCCCUCAGACGUUAACUAAACCUGUUAAAACAGUUAUUUUUAUAUUAGCUUAACCGCGUGAUCACUGAAAUCCAUCUCUUGUGAUUUCAUCUUAGAGAUCAUGUCACUUAUCCAGAGCAAUGAGGGCAGGAAGUGAAAAUGAACUAUGCGUUCACCACAGACCCGCACUUGCAGACUUCAAGCGGUUUUGGGGGAUUACAUUUGGAUUUACGUUAUUAAAAAUGUAGAAAAAGACUUCUCAAAAUAGGUUGUGCUCGGAGAAAGUAAAGCAGCAAUUAUCAAUGAAAAAUGAACAGUGAUUUGGCGGGAAUACACCGCGCGAAAUGUGCAGUUGCCUUUCGUUACAGGUUCCCGUCUUUUUCGCUAGCCUCGUUGCGUUGCUAAGUAUCUUUUUUAUUCACGCUUGUUUGCAAUCUACGCAUAAGAACGUUCAUGUACGCCAUUGCGAGAAUUGUCAAUAGAUUAGAAUAGAUAACACAUCUGUCCAUCGAAUCAAACACUCGUUUUUUAUCAAAUAGCCACAUAUAUUAAGUACUUAAAGAAAAUUCAUAUAAUAUAAAUAAAUAAAACAGGUAAA